CCACAUCUCUCCAGGAGCAUCACACACAGCAGAAGAGGAUUUUUUAAAGAAACAUCUGUUGAACUGACACGUCCGAUUCUUCAACUGCAUCUUGCUUCACAGUUCUCCUUCAUUUCUUUCUUAUCCAUUCCAUCAUCUUUAUCAGUAUUGUUGCUCUUUUUAUUACUCUUAAAAUUGCAUUCUGCUCUCAUAAAUCUUUAUUUACCUUUCUCAUUUUCUGCUCUUCUCCAUCACGUUUUCUUUUCCCCACUCUUUCGCCUCAAUACAAUCCUGAUGAACGACUCAUACCUGCAGAUCCUCAAAUGGCAGAAAUCCGUGAACGCUUCGUCCUUGCUGCCUUCUAAUGGCAGUGUUUUGGAUUCUCCAUCGGGGGCGCUGUGCGAGCAGGUUCAGAUCCAGGCAGAGGUUUUUCUCACCUUGGGUAUCGUGAGUUUACUGGAGAACAUUCUUGUCAUCUCAGCAGUGGUAAAAAAUAAGAACCUGCACUCUCCAAUGUACUUCUUCCUGUGCAGCCUGGCUGCCGCAGACAUGUUGGUGAGUGUAUCGAAUUCUUUGGAGACCAUCGUCAUUGCAGUACUAAAUAGUGGUCUUCUGGUAGUCAGCGAUCAAUUUGUGCGCUUGAUGGACAACGUAUUCGACUCGAUGAUCUGCAUUUCGCUGGUGGCAUCCAUCUGCAACCUUCUGGCCAUCGCCAUUGAUCGCUAUGUUACGAUCUUCUACGCCUUGCGGUACCACAGCAUAGUAACCGUACGCAGGGCACUGGUCGCCAUAGCGGCGAUUUGGUUGGUGUGCGUGGUUUGUGGGAUUGUUUUUAUAGUGUACUCUGAGAGCAAGACUGUGAUUGUGUGUCUGAUUACAAUGUUUUUUGCAAUGCUGGUUCUCAUGGCAACUCUUUACAUACACAUGUUUUUACUUGCCAGACUUCACGUGCAACGAAUUGCUGCCUUGCCCCCGGCAGCAGCUGCCGCAGGCAACCCUGCUCCCCGUCAACGCAGCUGUAUGAAAGGAGCGGUAACUAUCUCCAUUCUACUCGGCGUGUUCGUGUGCUGUUGGGCGCCAUUUUUUCUCCACCUUAUUUUGCUGGUGUCCUGUCCACAACACCCACUGUGCCUGUGCUACAUGUCCCACUUCACCACGUACCUGGUUCUCAUUAUGUGCAACUCCGUAAUUGACCCUCUCAUCUACGCCUGUCGCAGUCUUGAAAUGAGGAAGACCUUUAAGGAGUUGCUCUGUUGUUUUGGAUGUCAGCCUCAGGUACCUUUAUGUGUGUGAAAGUGAAAUAACCAGACAGGACAGGGAAUGUGAUCCAGUGGCUACUGAAAAUAUAUAUAUAUAAAUGAUGUUUUAAUAAAGCCCUUAAUGAGCACAAGUGUACAAGAGUCUGAAACCACACUGACAUUAUGAUAUUUUAUUACUUAAACUUGUAAUAUGUAAGUGAAUUGAAUAUUUAAGAUGUACAAAAUGCAAACAAAAAUGUUUAUGUAUGCUUUGAGAUAUGACUGUGUACACUGUACCUAACAAGACAAUCUAUGGUAUAUUCUCAAAGUAUAUCACAUGAAACAUCAGGUUUCAUAAAAGUAAAUGCUUGUGGACUCCAUGCCAACCGGAUUGUCAUGAAAGCCUAAAUGGGACUUUUUAUAUAAAAAAAUAUGUAAAAAAUGAAUUCAUAUUAUUUAUUUAUUAAUUUAUAGAAGCAAUGGCAUGAUUUGUUUCAGACCUUUGGACCCCACUGUAUACACAAACUGUUACAUGUAGGCUAUGUAAUAACUUAAACGCAUGAAUACUUAUUUACAAUAGCUGUGUAACUCUAUUUAAGGUAUCUGUGGAACUAUGGUUAUGAUCAUAUGAAAGUGUAUAACUACUUGUUGUAUUUGCAUCUUGGUUAAACCAGGCUAACUUGGGGAAUGUUCAGAACAUUUAGCAUUUAAGUGCCAACUGCUAUUCAGAAAAUAUACUCAUCAACCAUGAACUUUAGACCACAAAGUCAAGUACUAAAGAGUAUCUCUAUUUUAGAUUUUCCGGGGGUAAAAUUUGUUUAUGACAAACUGCAGACUCACCAGUUACUUCUCGACUGAGAUCGAGGGGCUAUGACUGUACUUCUGGUUUACCCGGGCAGUUCUGGUUUCAAUGUGUAUACAUUUCUACGGUUUUGCUUUCCAAUUAAAUAAUUUGCA